CUACAUUCCCUCCCCCCAUUCUAACCUAACUCCACCUCUCCCCUCGUUAGGUGGAUUUUAGAUUUGCGCAGUCCAUGAAGGAAAAUCCCUCUAGAAGUUAGGACAGAGGCUACCCCCUGUGAAAUUCUGACUUUCUUCCUCACCCCCAUCUCUUGUGACAAAAGAUGAAUAUGUAGAUUUUUCUGGGUAGUUGAUAUGGGUAAGUCUGUGGCACUUUUGUGCACGUCAUCUAUCUAUCUAUCUAUCUAUCUAUCUGUCUGUCUGUCUAUCUAUCUAUCUAUCAUGCUUUGACCAGUUUAUUAUAUCUAUCUAUCUAUCUGUCUAUCUAACUAUCUAUCUAUCUAUCUAUCUAUCUAUCUGUCUGUCUGUCUGUCUGUCUGUCUAUCUAUCUUGCUUUGACCAGUUUAUUAUAUCUAUCUAUCUAUCUAGCUUUCUGCGUGUCUGCCUGCAUAUCACUUUCAUUGUCAAUAGUUGUAUAUCUGCUUCGAAGCAUUUAUUUAUUUAACUAGACUCAUAGCUGCAUCGGUCUAUCUUACAAAUUUUAUUGGUCUGUUUGUAGGUUUACCUAAUCAAUUUCAACCACCAUCUGCUUUAUCUUUAUUUAUACAUUUGAACUCAGAUCUUCCUCUAUCUGCUACCCAGUGCGCACAUCUGUGUGUUUAUCCAUCUAUUAUUUAUCAGUCUCAUCUAAUAUUAUAUCAUAAUUUAUCGUGUUUGUAUAUCCAUCUUUAUAAGUAUAAACUAGCUUGUACUUCAUGUGCCAUACAGUAAUUGUUUGAAGGUAGAAGUUGCUUAUUACGUAUUUUGUAAAUCUGAAAGUUCGGUAUUUCACCCUAAUGUUUUAGAAGGUGUAUUAAUUCACAUAUGGCAUAUUAACGUGGUAACUGUGUAGAUAGAUUUGAGCAAAAUCUGUGCAUGUCUCUUUGUUUAUACCGUUGUUUAUCCUCUGCAUAUUUAUGGACAAUUGGAUCUAGUAUGAAGAUUAGUUGACAAUCAUGCAACGCAGGGAAGUUAAGUAAGAGUAUUUUUUUUAAUUUUUUUUAUGGGUUGCAAAAUGCUACUUUUACUUUGUUCUAAGAGUGCACUUUUUGGGAUGUGAGAAAAAAAAUAGUCUAUAUAUUGAUAAAUAUAUACAUUCACAAAAAUGAAGACAAUAUUUAAAUGCGUAAAAGUGUGUUUGUCCAAGUUUGUUGAUAUAUGUUCAUUUAUAGUACACAUGCUGUUGCUAAAAAUCAUAAUAACAGAAAUAUUAGAGUGUGCAGAAUACCCCCCCCGCCUCCCUCCCAAUCUAUUCUUAGAGAAAUGGAGAAGUCCUGGGGGGAAGUUUAAUACACAUAACAUUAACCACUGUGCAACACAUGCACUUUCACAUACAUCCUGCACACAUGCAACUCACACAAUGCUCCAAAUACACCCUGCACACAAACUAUGUCCUCUGUGUUACACAUACAUCCUGUCCACAUGUCACACACACACAUGGACAAUAUUCCAAAUACACACUGCAUAAAUAUACUGUACAUACAGCGUUUCACAUACAUGUGCAGGACAUAUGAAAAUAAACACACACACUCUGUUCCACAUACACAGUACACACACAUCCACUUUUUGCAUUUUUGUAUGCUGGACACAUGAAACACACACACACACACACACAUAUAUAUAUAUAUAUAUAUAUAUUUCAUUUAUAUAUACACACUGAUCCAAAUAUAAACUGCACACACACACAUAAUGCACAUACAAUGUUUAAAAUACAUUCAGGAACACACAUAAACACCGUGCUCCAGAUACACAGUGUUACUCACUGUCACUGUGCUAGACAUAUAUCACAAACACACAAAAUGUUCAAGAUAAAAACUACACGCUCUCCUUCUGUAUGUAUAUUUUAAUUACAUUCUGGAGCAUUACAUACAAUACUCCAGUGUUUCUUACACACUGUAUUCACAUUCCAUACCUGCAGGCCCACGCACAUACACAAUGUUCCAAAUACAAACUGCACUCACAUAUACUACAUAUGCUAUGUUUUAAAUUCAUUCUGGACAUGUUACAUACAAACAAUGAUUUAUACACAUAUUAUACACACAAUACUGCAAAAUACACAAUGUAGUCACAUUGUAUGCAUACAAUGUAUAAAAUACUUUCUGGACACAUGACACUCAAACAUAAUAUUGUACACACAUACUAUACAUAUAAUGUUUCACAUACAUUCUGAGCACAGACAAUGGUCUAAAUACACAUUGAACACACACUCUGCAUAUACAAUAUAAAUAAACAGCUAGAAUCCUGCACAGAACUCCACUAUAUUAAGUGACUUCAUAGAUCUUAUAUGGCAUACACAUGCUAUAAAAUUCUCUUGUAUGUGCUCUUUAGUGAUUCUUUAUGACACAUGUACAUAAAAGGCACACGUGUGAGCUGUGUAUCUUGUUCAAUUGAAAACGAAACAUGAAUUAAUCUACUCAGCACACCAACAGAUUGCACAGGAUGGUAUUAGUUUCUCAGAGGGCUUCGUUCACGUUAAAAUUCAUUUAAAUUAUUUAUGAUUUCUGAACAACAUAUCCCACGAACCCCUGCUGGGCACUAUGGGGAAAGAAGCCCCUGAUAUGUUGUAGCACAUUCUAAUAAAUACCACUUUGCAAAGGUGCAAUGUACAUAUUACUUUUGUUUAAAGAAAAAAACCCUGUAAUAUAUUAACAUCACUGUUUAAAUAAAAUACUACGUGUUAUAGCCUAAUUUCACUCUUUUCUAAUGCUGAUACACUGCAAGUGAAGCCAGUGUGUUAGCAUCAUAGAAGAGAGUUGCCCUGCUUGGAGAAGUGCUCCCAUGCAGAGCCAGUCACUGCCUAGGGACGACACACAAGCGAGGGAUGACCGGCAGGACUACAUAAUAUUGUGUCAAAGCAUUUCUGCGGAAUAGUCCCUAUUCCAUCCCACCACAGCCCCUGUGCUGUCACAGCCACUAUCUCUCCACUACAGCACAUAUACCCCUUAUUCCCUAACCACAGUCUCUUCUCCCACUCAACACAUAACAAUCAUUGUCUCUCCCAAAACAUACAACAGUCCCUAUCACCCCAAAAUGCACACUAUUGCCUCUAUACCCUGCAAAGAUACACUGAUGCCCCAAUUUACAACCAUACAACCCCAAUUUACCCCCACACACACAACAGCUUCAAUUCACCCAUACACGCACUGCAGACCCAUUUUUAUUCCCAAAACAAACCAGAUAGCCCCUAUACAGCAGCUACAACAACAAACACACACACACACACACACACACUAUAUCCUCCCAAAUACACAUACUAGAGCCACUAUGCCCCUUAACACACAAUCAUUACAGCACCUAUCCACAAACAGCUCCUAUUUAUAUGCUCACACACAUACUACACUGCAAACAGUCCCAUCCACACACAACCCGCAACUACACAAGCAUCAUCUCCCCCACGCAUACACUCCUACAAGUAUGUUCCCCACAUACACAACCUCACAAGUCGCACCUCCACACACACAAACAACCCCACAAGCAGCCUCCACAAAAACAAGCAACCCCACAAACAGCAUCUCCGCAAACCUUGCGUUCCCCAAACUUUUGCAUAUAUGUAUGUGUAAUUUAUAUUAUAUAUUAAAUUAACUUACAUUGGCAGAGCCCAACAAGUCAGGGGGCAAAGUCAAAUAUUAGUGGUAGAGUCUAGUCCCACACCAUCAUUAAACUUGACCAGCCACUUUUGCCUGGGAUUGUUAGCAGAUAAACAAUGGUUUAUCAAGGGUUUGCUGUCCAAUAUAGCAAUGGUAAGCCAGGAAAUGCACUAAAAAGAGGUUUCAUCUCAUACGUUAUUAAAUGUAAAAUAUAACACAACAAUGCAUAUAACCUUUUAUAUUCAGUGAAAAUCAAACCUGAUGACAGUUGAUCUUUAAAUGCUGUUAGGGUUUGGGCACUGUUUAAAGGGACACUUAAAGCACGUAGACCACUAAAUCCAGACAACCACUUGAGACACUUUCCCCAAAUGCAGAGGGGGGCGAGAGAAGCUAUGGUUUUUGCCAUACCACUCCCAAACAUUUCCACAGACAACCUGGAUACACUGAGCUAUAGUGGAUAUGGUAUUUAAAGUAUCCCUUCAAAGUAAAGUAUUUUUUUCCAUCUUAGCUGUUAAGUUCGGAAAGGGAAGCUUUUUUUUAAUUGACCACUAAAGGCACCAAUUCUACUUCAUCUCAAUCCAAUGAUGUGGGAGCAGUGGCCGUGUUCUUUCAGCCAUUCAAUGUAAAACAUAGCCAUUUAGUAGAUACGGCAGUUUUUGGAUUGAAGGUUUUAAUUUUCCUGACAGCCACUACCAGCGCCUACACUGCAAAGACUGUGUCUCACUUGGUCAUGUGACGUUCAACAUCCAUUAAGACGCUGAACGUCAUUAAAUGCAGCUCAUUGGAUACAAUGCUUCCCUAUGAGAAUAAUUUCACUUGGUGCUCAAAGGGAUCACUGUGCAUGUGCAUUUUGUUUAGUUACACUGGAUAUGUAAAAAUGAUUUACAAAAAUGUUGUAAAAAUUAUAUUUUUCCAUUUCUAACAUCUUAUUCUUACACUUAUUGUUGUGUUAGGUAUACAUAUAGGAUAUUAAAUAAAAGCCCUUUCUAUAUUUUAAAAAACAAUAUACAAAAUGUAUGGUGUUAAAAAUCCCUUCUGUCACUAAGAAGUCCCUUGGCGCUGCAUCAGGCUCUGCCUCUGCUCCUAGGCAGACGUUGGCGGGUGAAUCUAAUGCGUAUCCGCGGCGAGUGAGACGCUGGAUGUCCUCAUGCAUAGGCUGAGAACUUCCAGUGUCAGUUAGGCGACCAAAACUCGAGUUAACCCUGGCAGGUAAUUAUUACAGUUUAUUAAAAACUGCUAUAAUUACCAUAGCAGGGUUAAGGGACCUGGGACAGUGCACAACCUGACCACUUUUUAUGAACUGAAGUGGUCUGAGUGCCUGUAGUGUCCCUUUGAGGACCACAUAAAUGUCCAUGCCGUCAUACAAUGCAGGGCUUUCAUGCCCAGAGAUGGCAUAGGUCAUCACGCAGAAAAAAUAAAAGCUGGGGUUAAAUCCCUGCUGGUACCAACGAACCCCAGGUAUCUUUUGAUACCUGAGGGUACCCCCUGCCCACUGGUGCCACAAUUAGUGGUGUUAGGAAAACAGUUUUGUAUUCCUAACGCUAUAAACAAACAAACAAAAACACUCCAAAAACAACACUUUGAAAAUAAGAAAAUUAUAAUAUGUUGUGGUAAUGAAACCCCAAAACAUGAACAUGCAGCACUUAGAACCAAAAUAUAUUUUUGUACUGAGCACUAUACUUUCACAUUUUUGGGUUUGAUAACCACAACAUAUUUUUGUUUGUUUCUUUGGUGUGGUGUUUAAGGAGAUAACCCACAUGAGUGUUGUAGCAAUUGAUUUUUCAAAAGUAUUUAUUUUACUAUAAGCUCCAUUUCAGUGGCUUUUCAGUGAGCAUCUGAUUACGUUCUACGGGGACUUUUUUAUCCCAUAAACUUCUAUCUAGCAAUGACUUAUGGGAUAAGUAGUUUAUACCACAGCAAUAGUUCCACUCAUCAUAUACGAUAAAACCAGGCCAAGUCCUGCACAUAGUGCGUGCUCACCGGAUGCACAAAUUGUAUAAUAUCUCAUUCACAAAUACACUCUAAAAAACACAGUUCUUACGAACACGCUCACAUUUACAAACAUCCACAGACAAUUCUGAAAUAUAGAAACAGGGUAUGGAUAAGGUUAUACAGCUUCACACUAUAUGUGAAUGAUAUUUUAACUUUAUUAUAUUGUUUUGUUAGUAGGUGCCUAUAGGGUGGCAUAUUAGAGUAAUAGGAUAUCAAAUCAUGAUUAAAAUAGCAACAACCCAGAAAAGGGUUUUCAUGUGCAUGUUCAUUCUUACAAUGGAGUUGGACGCUUGCGUUUUGAAAGGUUCUGUGGUUCUUAUUAAAAUCAAUAGUGGUAGGUAGAAUCACGAGAAUUUGAAACCGAAAAAAAAUAUUUAUCACAUGAAUCAUGGUAGAAGCUGUACCUGAGAAGGACUGGGACAGAGCUAAUGCAAAUAUUGAGGAACGCAUGGUGCUACAUAGUGCAAACUAUAGUUAUAAAGGGAGAGAUUUAUCAAUGUAUUCUGAAAAAAAAAAUCCUUUAUUUUUGGUCUCUAAUCUGUAUCUUUUAAAUUGCAUUUAUUAAGUUGUAUUAAAAAUGUCAGCUUUCAUAAAAUUAGGCAUUUCAGUAAAGACUGCUGAAUAUAUAGAGGUGGGAAAAAGAGAAGUGAAAUAAAACACGUUUCUGGUGUAAACACGACAGAAAGGUUAAUACCAGAAAGAUUGUGUGCAUUUCAAAUUUACUGUUAGGGUGCAUAGUAAACAACUGACAAAAUAACUUGAGCCCAUAAAGACAACAACAAAACAAACAAAAAUGGAGCAAAGCAAUAUUUGACACUUUGAUAAGUGUCCCACAUUGAUUCAAAAGGUGCCACAGCAGCAGAAGUGGGUUGGUUGGUAGUGGAAUAGUGGAAAACAGUGGAAGUGGGUAAUUGCUUGGUGUCAAACUGCAAGGGUCAAAUAAGCCACUGAGGUAGCUUGUGAGAAAGCCAGAAACCUUAGAUGCCAAGGGCCCUGGACCACCAAACCUGUCAGGAAACCAAGAGAAGAAGAGGUAUUGUGGUAAAACAAGAUGGUUUGUUGGGUCUGGUAGUGGCCAAGGUUCCUAGACCACUAAACCUCUCAGGGAACCAAGGGAACAAGAGGUAUUGUGGUAAAACAAGAUGGUUUGUUGGGUCUGGUAGUGGCCAAGGUUCCUAGACCACUAAACCUCUCAGGGAACCAAGGGAACAAGAGGUAUUGUGGUAAAACAAGAUGGUUUGUUGGGUCUGGUAGUGGCCAAGGUUCCUAGACCACUAAACCUCUCAGGGAACCAAGGGAACAAGAGGUAUUGUGGUAAAACAAGAUGGUUUGUUGGGUCUGGUAGUGGCCAAGGUUCCUAGACCACUAAACCUCUCAGGGAACCAAGGGAACAAGAGGUAUUGUGGUAAAACAAGAUGGUUUGUUGGGUCUGGUAGUGGCCAAGGUUCCUAGACCACUAAACCUCUCAGGGAACCAAGGGAAAAAUAGGUAUUGUGGUAAAAACAAAAAAACAAAAAAAAAAAAGAUGGUUUGUUGUGUCUGGUAGUGGCCAUGUAAUACUACUGAGUUACAAUUAGUGUAGACAACUUUUUUAUAUUUCUAAAUAUCUGCAUUAAAUAAAAAGUCACAAAAAGUUAUGAAAUGAUUAGAUGGGAAUAGAUUAUAUCAACUAAUUGAUUAUGUAAAAGACACAAUACACAUUUCCAGAAAUCGCAAGUCAAACAUAAUCACCUUUCCCUAUCUGCAAGAUAACGUGUUGCAAUGAUUAAUCGUCCACAGCUGCUGAAAAAUGAAUAAAAAAAAUAAAAAAUCAUGCUGAACAUGUCAUCUAUUAGUGGGUACGCACGUAGGGAUUACUGAAGACAAUACAUAAAAAUUAGAUUGAUAAUUAGAUUGAAGAAGAAUACAGCUGAGCCUUACUCGAAGAUUCUUUAACCAUGACAAUAAUUACAUAAUUUUACAUUUGAGAAUAAAUAUAAUCCUCAUUUUGAGGGUAUAUCAACUCAAGGAGUGUUUUCGAUAUGCUCUAAAAUACAAACUGCGUGCAGUCAGAACUUCCAAAAUGUAAAACCACAAGCAGGACAGUGUCAUUGAAUCCCGAUUUCCUUUUUUGAUGUUUUUGUAGACAGGAUAUUUAAUAAAAACAGACUGAAUAGCCAGUUUGUAGUAUGAUCACCCCACAUAUUAUUUAUAAAGCGCCAACAAAUAGCACUGUACAAUAGAUGGACUAACAGAGGGUGUUGAGGGCCCUGCUCAAAGUGGCACAAGAGAUAAGGGAGAGAUGUAUUUCAUGUACAGGAAAAGUAGGUUGCUAGAAUAGUUUACAGUGAAGGGUUAGUUUUUCUGGAUGACACGAACAGGGUCGGUUAUAAAGUUGUUGGUAGGGAAAGCUAUUAGCAGUUUAAUUGAUUUGCUUUGCUAAAGAAGCAGUUUUUUGAUAAUUUUUUUGAAGGUGUUGAGACUGGGUGAGACCCUAACGGAGCAGAGAAAGGAGUUCCAUAGAAACAGCGCAGCCCUAGAGAAGUCUUGAAGGUGGACCUCACAGGUGCAAGUACCAACAGGUAAUAGACACAGAUGUUUGACAGAGUGUAGGGCCCUGAACUGGGCAUACUUGUGUAUCAGUAGGGAUAGGUAGAUAGGAGCAGCAUUAUGUGAAGGUUUGUAAGCAAGCACCAGAAUUUUAAAUUGAGCCCCAUAUCUUGCAGGAAGCCAAUGUAAGAAUUGACCGAGGGGGGAGGUAUGGGAGGUGUGGGCCGACCGGAAGAUGAAUCUCGCUGCCGUAUUCAUUAUGAAUUGUAAUGGGGCCAGCUGGGAAUGCGUAAGACCACUGAGAAGUGGAUUGCAGUAGUCAAGGCGAGUGUUGUAACCGGUGUUAGAUAGGGGCGGAUGCAAUCUAUGUUUCUGAGAUAGACUGGACUGGACUUGAGGGGCGGAGAGGUUGGAGUAAAAAAAAACACCUGGCAGUGAGCCUAUGAGGUAGAGCUGAUGGUAGUGCCAUUGAGUUGGAGACAGAAUGACACAGGAGUAGCAACACUUGAGGGAGGAAAGACCAGAAGCUCUGUUUUGGACAUGUUAAGUUUUAAGAAAAUGAGCAGCAGUCCACUUGGAAAUAGCAGAGAGCCAGUCAGAGACACGAGUCAGGAAGGACUGGGAGAGAUCAGGAAAGGACAGAUAGAUUUAUGUGUCAUCGGCAUAGAAAAGAUACUGGAAGCCAAAAGAGUUGAUGUGUUUACCAAGGGAGGCAGUAUAGAUCGAGGACAGUAGAGGACCAAGGAGAGAACAGAGAGGGGUUGUGGAGGAGAGGAAGAACCAGAAAAAGAAACACUGAAUGAGCAUUGGGAGAGGUAGGAACUAGGAAAUCGAAGUGUCUCGUAGAACGAGAUUAUGAGAAGAAGUUGUUGAUGAUCAACAGUGUCGAAAGCAGCUGAAAGGUCAAGUAGAAUUAAGAGAGAGUAGUGGCCACUGGAUUAAGUUUCCAAUUAAGUCAUUGGAAGCUUUGGUCAGGGCCAUUUCGACAUAGUGACAAGUGCAGAAUCUGGACUGAAGCAGGUCGAGCAGAGAGUUGGAUUUGAUUUUUACAAUCAGGGUGAUGGUUGCAUGCAGAACGGUGAAGGAAAUAUGGCAGAGGAAAGGGAGAGAUUGAAUAUUUAUGGACUGGCAGGGCAAGAGAAAUAGACAAAGCGCUGGUGAGAUGGGAGGGAAUAGGAUCGAGGGAACAAGUGGUGGGGCUAGAGGACCGAAGCAGAGCAGAAACCUCUGCUUGCAUAGCAUGUGCGAGUGAGUAUAAAAAAAGAGGAGGGUGCAGGGUUGAGAGAAAGAGGGGAAGGGAUAGGAGAGAUAUAAAAGUUAUCUUCUCUGAUCAUAUAAAUCUCAGUGAAUUUUGAUGCAUAGUUUAUAGUGGUAUAGUUAGUAGGAGGAGGAGCAGCAACAGGGCAAAGAGGUGACAGUGUGAAAGAGGUAUUUGGUUUCUUGGAAGAGUGUGGUUAUUGGGUUUUGAAACAGGUUUCUUUUGCGGAGGAAAGAGACAAACUGUAGGAGUGCAGCAUAAAUUUAUAGUGGAGGAAGUCAGAUGCAGAAUGAGACUUCAGCAGCGUUUAACAGUUGUGAAGCAUUUUUGGAGGUAAUGAGUCAACUUGGUGUGCCAGGGUUGUAAUCGGGGCCGCUUACAACAUUUAAAUACAAGAGGUGACAUGAUAUCUAGUUGAGACGACAGAGUGGAGUUGUAGAGGGAGGUUGCAGAGCUAGGUCAGGUGAUGCUUGAGAUGAGUGAAAGGAGGUUUGUUUGGAGGUUGGUGGAGAAUUACUGUAGGUUAAGACAGUGGAGGUUUAUACGAGAUUGGUGUACUGAUGGUGGUGUGAUAUGGGUAUGGGAUAUGCCAAUGUCAAAGGUCAGCAGAUGGUGGUCAGGUAGAGGAAAUGGAACAUUAGAGGGUCAGAGGCAGUACAGAGAUUGGUGAAGGUGAGAUCAAGAGUGUUUCCCGCUGAGUCAGACCAUUGAAUAUAUAUACAUUGUGUAUGCUCUCACAAAAUAUGUCAGCUUGACUAUGGACAUGCUACUGGACUCUUUGACCUAAUUGUUGCAAGUAAUUCUGAAGGUUGAAGUGUGUGUCAUUGAAUAUCUGUAAGUGUUUAGGGUAGUUUAGAUUACCCACUGAUAUCUCUGGGUAUUUCUGAAGACUUUUCAGGGUGUUUUUUUUGGGUGCUUAGUUUAAAAACUCUUCAGAUAAUCUAUUAAAACAUUAAAAAUCAUCAAAAGAGUACAAAGUUACAACAUCUCACUUGUUACCUUUACCUGAUUAAAAGUUAAAAAACCUCCCCAGUGAUGUCAUUACUGACAGGGGAGAAAUAAUCUAGUGAGGGGAGCAAGCAUGCUGCAAAAUGCACAGUGCAGAGCUCUCUCACAUCAGCAAAGUGACUUGCUCUAACAGUAUUCUAGGGUUAAGGUUCACAUUAGGGUUAGAGUUAGAGUUUGUUAGUGUUUAGGUUAGGGUUAGUUAGUGUUAGUGUUUGGGAUUUAGAGUUAUGGUUAGUGUGGCGAAUACCACCCGAGCCAUAUUAAAACUCCCACAAAAGACUAUAUCACUCCCCUGGCUCCCUGUUCCCCCUCCCCUCCAUGUAUUCUAGCUAAGAGCCCCGCUACAAUCAGGUCUGCGAACCGUGACAGAGAGCCGGAGUAUCCAAACACCUUCAACAGGACCUUCCUCUGACUCAUUUGGAACUCCAGCUCGACUGCAAUCACCAUCCCGGCCUGGUCACAUUGCUUCCCGGUUUUCACCCAUUUCCCAAUGGGCUAGGAGAGUGCUUUUUGGAGGGGAGCUACAAUUCAUCAAGAGGAACAAUCGCUACAUGUGACAGCCAGGAGGAGCCGCCUUGCCUCGACACACCUGAGGCUCCAGUAAAUGACUGGCGUAUUGCAACAAAUGCCUGGAACUGAUUUGGGUUAGAACUUGUGUAGCGGUCGGUCAGAACUUUGUACAGAUGGCAAUUUCCCAAUUCUCCAUGGAUCCAGGCGCUAUUUUUACAGGAUGGGAGCUUGAGGCAGAACUAUCUGGCGAUGUAUAAUGUGUGGUGGUUAGAGGAUGUUUUGGUAACGUUUCUGAGGAAUUUCUGUAUUGAUUUCUCUGUGUCUAGGAGAUGAUUGGUUUAGCGAGAGUUUACUUAAUUAUCUCCCAGACUGGGGAAAUAUUUUCCAUGACUGGGGAAAGGGGCUAGAAACACCAAAAGGCUCUUCUUUCAGCUAAGAGGGAAACCCAGCUGGGAUAUAGAAGCUCUGCUACAGCUAGUAUUUAGGAUUAUUUAGUGUUAUUAUUUAGGGGUAGUAAGAAUUUAUGUUUAGGGUUACAGUUAGGGUUAAUAUUAUUGUAAGGAUUAGCAUUAGACUGUGACCUUCACUACCCUUGGUAAAUAUAAAUAAAAAAGAUGGUGAAAAAUUAUUUUUAUUGUUUGAACAUUUGAUCUUUUGUUAAAAAAAUACAUAUAUCUUGUGGAUAUUAAUCAAUUGCAUUUGCCACCUUGAAACUCAUUCUGCACAGAACUCUCGUGGGGAGAAGAUGGAACUAUUUUUGUUGAGUCGGAUUUUUCAUCUGUUUUUCUGUGUGUGAAUUGAUUGUUUUAUAUAUCAAUAGUUGCAUUGUAUUAUCAUGGAUUUUUUUUUCCGAUUUGAAAGUUUUUAUUGUUUCAAUAAGGAAGAUGGGGUACAGAAAGGAAAACUCUCGUUUUCAAGUAUGUCCUUUGUCCACAAAACAUUGCAUUGUUACAACAGGGUACAGUAUUACAAAAAAUACAAUAUACAAACAAUAUAUAUAUACACAUACAAACAUAUAUAAAUUUAACACAUAACAGGUAAUAAAUAUAUUCAACCAUGACAGGUGCAUUCUGUGCUGAGGUAUAGUGCCAUAGAUCUCUUAAAAGAUUUUAGAUUGAAUGAAGAUUUAACUGUGUCCCUGAGGUUAUUCCAUAAUUGCGGUGCUCUGUAGGAAAAUGAAGAUCGAGCCACUUUUGCAUUGCGGCAUGCUAAAUAUUGUGCUGGUACUGGAUCAUAGGUUAUAAGAGGUGGGAACAACUGGGGAGAGCAUUCUACUUAGGUAGAGUGGUAGCUUCCCAGAAAAGCUCUUAUACAGAUAGCUAUUGUACAUUCAACACAGAACAUUUUUAGUUGGAAAGUGUAUGUGCUAAAAAAUAAGUAUAGUAACAUUGUCUAUCGUUCAACCAUAUCUCAACAUGGUUGGUGACCAGAGCAUAUAACAAACCAGUUCAGAACAGCCUUAGGCAUUUUAUCAUUGUAUGGUUACAAGGUUUUGAGGGUUAUCCAAUCUCCAUGUGCUCCAAAGGUUCCAAACCUCGGCAUUAAGUUUGGAGGGGAAGAAUAUGGUGCGAUAAAAUUUUUUGUAUAUGCGUUGUUUGUCUAAGGCUUUAAGCAAUUUUGGUUUUGGGGGCACUAGUGGGGAUUUCCAAGCUCCUGCAAUCAACUGCUGUACCGUUAAAAGAAUAGUUAAAAGUAUUAUUUUCUGUUUACGUUUCAGUGAUGGUGGUUGUAUAUCUAACAGGAGAAAUAAUUGGGGCAUAGAGGGCAGUGAGCAAUCCAUCACCUGCGCUAUUAUUGUUCGGAUAUUUCUCCAGUCGAGGUGAGUUGCCGCCUGCUUGCAGUGGAGUAGGGUGGUGUAACCUGUGCUGCAGACGCAGUCAGAAGUUGGCAAAGGUCCUGUCUAGCCAGGACAUGAUAUUAAGCUGUGCGUCCCUGGCUCUGGAGGAAAACAAGGUCUCUGCCAUUAUUGUUGAGUUGCUUUAGGGUGCACCAUCCCCCAUGCCCUCACCCCACACUUCUACUUUGUCUGGAAAGCCUUCUAGAAGUGGACCGGGAUCACCCCCACUGGUCCGAGGGGGGAGGAGGGGAAGGGAAGAGGCUCUUGUUCAAGGGCUGCUGAGUCCGGGCACCUCCGCACCGGGAGAUCGGCCGCCUCUCCGCUCGGCCCACACCAGGCCACUGCAGCCACGGUGGAAUAUAUACACUCCUUGUGGGUCUCUGACUGCUGCUCUUCAUACCUGAUAUGUCAAGGAUCAAAGGUUAUACAAGAUGUGACCUGAACUGGGUUAAUUGGGUUUGUAGAUCAUUCUGUAUGGCAGAAUAGUGGAGGAGCUUGGUCAUGAUGCAACCAUCCACCAUGACAGUCAGGCCCCGCCAUUGGAAGUAUUGUCAUUUUAAAGGAUAUUACUGGUUCCGUCCAGGAAAGAAACAGUGGUGUCCACUGCUAUAGGUGUGCCCUACAUUUUAAUGUAGUUGGCGGAAUAGAAACUCACAGUUUUUUUUGUGAUAGUCAAACCUAGAUAUUUGAUAUUCUCAUUCUUCCAUUCAAAAGAGAAAUCUCUGCGGCGGGAGGUCAUAAGAUUCGACGGAAGCCCUAUGCCAAGAGCCUGUGCUUUGGUAGUAUUAAUGGAGUAGUAGGAUACCAGUUCAUAGUUUUCUAAACGCAUUAGAGAUGGCAAUGAUUGUUGUGCGUGGGUAAGGUACAGGAGGAUAUCGUCUGCAAAUGCGCUAACUUUGAGUUCUUUUCCUGAUACUGACACCCCUUGUAUUUCAGUAUGAUCUCUAAUGGAGCACAAUGAUGGUUCUAAAGCAAGCACAUGUGGGGAAAGGGGGCACCCCUUCCUUGUUCCAUUGGAAACCUGAAAUGUGGAAUUAAGGAAACCAGACUGCAUAACGUGUGCCGAAGGAGAGGAGUACAAUAUCUGUUGGACAGCCAAUGGGGGAAAUCCGUAUUUGUCCAAAACUUUUUUCAGGAAAGACCAGCCCAAGCGGUCAAAUGCCUUUUCCGCAUCGAGCUCUAGCAACAGGCCUCCCACACUUGUACCCCUAAUCUGUUCUGUGGGUAUUGUUUAAUCCUGGUUUCCCCCAUACAAACCCAGUCUGAUCAUCGUUUAUUAGUGAUGGUAGGAUCGGUCCGAUUUGAUUGGAUAGCAUUUUGGCAUCACUGUUAAGAAGGGAAACUGGGUAAAGGUUUUUACAUAUGUCUAGGGAUUUGUCUGGUUUUAGAAUGGUAACAAUAGUCGCCAAUAGCAUCUGUGGGAAUAAGGUACCUGUUUCAGUCGCACUAUGGAAAACUUGUAGGAGAUGAGGAGCAAGGACAUCUGCAAUUUUUUAUAUUAUAGGUUAGUGAAGCCAUCUACUCCAGGUGAUUUACCAGUAGGCAACUGUUUUAUGGCAGCUUUGAUUUCCGUUAAUGAAAAGGGUUGAAGCAAAGUAUCUAACUAGUCAGAAUUUAGCUUGUGUAGCUUGAAGAUAAGUAUGACUCUUGAUCAGACAGGGUGUGUGUGUCACGGUUCUCACCGCGACAUCCAGACUGCCAGACGAGGUCGACCUAGAAGUGCCCAAUAGGGAUUUGAACCUGAGUACUCUGCAGUCCUGGGGUUGCUGUUUUUGCCUCUGAGCCACCAUACAGCUCAGGAAAUUCCAGAAGUCUACUCUUGCCUUGUAUCCAGCACUGGGGGCUGGACGUUAUCUGAGACUGCUCCUGUCACUCAUGGUUCACCUGUGGCUGAUCACGGAUUAGCCAGGUAUAAGACACUGCCUCUCCCUGAGGGCAGUGUCAGUUCAUUGACUCUGGUUCAAGUAUUGCUGUUUCGUGUUCUCCUGUUGAUUCCUGACCUUGGCUUGUUAUUUCAUGUACCCUGACUUCUGGCAUCUUCUGACCUCGGCUCUCUACUGGUUUAUCCUGAUUUCUGGCACCCACUGACCUUUAUGUCCGUAUCUGCGACUUGGAGCAUCAUCCUGCACAGCCCCCGUGUACCGACUCACAGGCCAGGUGAAUUCUUACCUGACCACCCUGGCCUGUGUUUACUUGCAAGGGUGAGCACAUAUAUCUGCGCUACAGACUCCCAUUCAGGUAAGCCCUGACAGUGUGUGGGCGUCCAGUUUUAAAAGAUAAAGUUUUUAGAGUAAAAUUUGGCAAAUUCUUGGCUAAUCUCCUGUGGCUCUAUCUUUUCCCCCCAUGUUCUCCUAUUAUGUGGGCUAUUUUAGAGUUGGCUAUCUUGGUUUGAAGUCUAGUUGGCAGAACUCUAGUUGCUUUUCCAGUGCUAUGAUAUGUUGUGGCUGGAGCCUAUGAAGAUAGUAGUCAGUUUUGGUAGCAUUUAGUGUGGUGAGUUGGUGGUAUAUGGAAUUUAACUUAGCAGCUAAGUCAGGGGACGGUGUCUCUUUGUUGCGGGAAGUGACUAUUGUGAUUUGUUUGUAACACUCCUUAAGUGCCGACUGUCGUUGCUGCUUAAGUUGGGAGGACCGCUGGAUGCAUAGGCCCCUGAUAACUGCUUUGUUGGCAGACCAAACAGUGGUAUCUGAGACCUCUCUUAGUAUUGUUGUGAAAGUAGUCUAUUAAAUUAUCCUGUAAGUGUUUAACAAAACGCUAAUUUUGGAGGAUUGCGUCGUUCAUACGCCAAUUGCCUCUGCCCUGAAAUAGGAAUGUGUCAAACAAGGUUAAAAAUACUAGGCUGUGAUCCGACCAAGAGAUGUCUCCUAUUGUACAAGCAAAGGUUAUGAUGUAUUUUAUUUUGCAAGGUCUACAAGUAAGAAUACUUGAAUGGUAGUUUUACUAUUAUUAGGGUGAGAGGAUUAUGUAGGGGUAAUUUAUUUAAAGGAGGUUUGGCUAAGAGAGUGAUGUUCCCUAGCCACCAAGGGCAGACACUAGUACAAAUGUGGGGGUGGUGGGGGCAGACAAUCGCAUCUAUAAUUGUAUAUUAUAACUGUGGUUGAAUGCACAUGUAACAAAAAAUGUUGAAAUUCUUAAAGGACCACUAUAGUGCCAGGAAAACAAACUUGUUUUCCUGGCACUAUAGUGCCCUGAGGGUGCCCCCACCCUCAGAGUCCCACUCCCGCCGGGCUGAAGGGGAUUAAACACUCACCUUUCUCCACUGCCGUGCUCCCUCAGUGCUGUAGACUCUACUCCUCAUUCGGUCGUCAUCGGCUGAAUGCACAUGCGCGGCAAGUGCCGCGCACAUUCAGCCAGUCCAUAGGAAAGCAUUUUCAAUGCUUUCCUAUGGACGCUGGCGUCUUCUCACUGUGAAAAUCAGUGAGAAGCACGGAAGCGCCUUUAGCGGCUGUCAAUGAGACAGCCACUAGAGGCUGGAUUAACCCAUUUGUAAACAUAGCAGUUUCUCUGAUGUUUACAGCAGAAAGGGUUAAUCCUAGAUGGACCUGGCACCCAGACCACUUCAUUAAGCUGAAGUGGUCUGGGUGCCUAUAGUGGUCCUUUAAGUGUUCUUAAGUACAAAGAAGCAAACCAAGAUAUGUCCUUAAGGGGUUAAGGGCACAUGACUACUGUUCUGUUGAGAUUGUAAGGUAAAGCCAGUAAACCAAAAUGCAAUGGCAAAGCCAAAGGGGGAGAUUAAUAUUUAUGCCUUCUUUCUCAAAUUAAUACAGGAAUAUAAAUAAGGUAUCAUGUACGAAACUCAAAACAAAGAUUGUCUUAAAAAAACAAAAAAAAGUUAUCAUAUGCAUUUUCUUUGUUUAAUCACAGUCAGCAGUUGUCGUCACACUUUUAUCACUAAGCAGUCCCAGAAGGCUGGCACCUUAAAAAAAACCCAAAACAAAAAAAAAAACGAAGAGAAGUAUCAUGGGUUCAAAAACAAGUACCAUAACCACUAGUAAGGCAAAGUGAAAAUAUGCACAUAAAAUAUAUAUAUCUACAAAUGGGGCUUGGGGUUGCAGGUUUUUCUUACAUUGGUUUCUCUUGCAUCUAGAUAGUCUUUUACAAUGAUGACUCAUAGCAUAAUGACAAGAUGAAUUUUGGGACUGCCCUAUAUCACCCAUUACAGAUCCAAAUAUGCAUUAUAUCAGCACCAGGUGUAGGGUUUACAUGAGAGGAGAACUUGUGUGCAGCUCCACUGCUAUACCCUAUUCUCUUUGGGUUUUUUUAAAUCGACAAAUGAGAAUUACUUUUAUUAUUUUUAUAUUUUAUUAUCUGGAUUUGUCCGUUCACCUUGUUGCUAAAAGGAAACAGAGAAAUGGAGGACACAAGCAAAAGACCAGCGUGCAAUAUCAAUAGGAAACAAGUUUUUCAGCACAAACUUUCAAUGAAGGUGUCAAGUAAAGGGGCCGAAACAUUACCGAUUUACUUGGCACCUUAAUAAAGGUUUACAUUUCUUGACGGUUUGUACAGACAAUUUGUUUUCUAUUCACCUUGUUGCUAUGGUUCCAUGGUGCAAAUUAGAGCAUUUUACACAGGAAAGGCUCACUCAAAAAGGUUGCAGUAACCGUUUAAGGCUCUAGUAGGUAUCUGACUGCCAAUAGACGUGUUUUUUUAGCUAAACAUAUAUACUUACCAAAAUGUAUAAACAGUAUUGUUUUUGAUUGUAUGCACACGUAAAAUGCAGUCGUUUUGGUGCUUAGAGUGUCCCUUUAUUGACAGUGAUAAUAAUGUGUGUUCUGAAUGGUAGGAAGUGAAUUGAAAAGUAUCCAAAGAGCAAAGGUUGUUUUUACUAAGAGGAUCAUGUAAAGAAUAGUCACUGUGUCGGUAGUUCUAGAAUUGAGAACUAGAGAAAUAAAGUAAAGGAAACAAACAGUACUUCUUGCUAUUACAAAAGAGUCCUCUGUAAUAUGGACUUUGGCAGCCAAGUCACUUACAGGAGCAGGGCACACAGGUUUCUGGAGUAGCCCUGAGCAAAAGUUAAAAACAUACUUCCCAACUACGGAGGUAUGAGAUGAGUCGGAGGAGUGGGCAGGUCACGGUAACAGUGUAAAAUGAUUGGCCCUAAUUAGCUGUGGAAGUGCGUAUGCCAGGCUGACUGACAGGUGCACUAGAUAUGCCCACGCAGGGCAGUUCAUGAGCAGAAUGCUUUUGAAGUGCUCCAAGUAUGGGCUGUAUGCCCUCAGUUAAGCCACUGAUUGUGGAGUUACCUGUGUCUCUAAAUGUGGAAAACCAAGGGUAUAACUCAGGAUAUACCCAUAAACCUACUACAGGUCAUGGGACAGUCGGAAUGUAUGAAAAUGUCUGGAACGAUAUUAAAGAGACCAUCUGAUCACCAUAAGCACUUUGCAACAUCAACAUUAUUCUAAAAUGCAUAGUGCAUACUGAACCCACUCUCAUUACUAGUGACUUAUAGUAGUAUAUAGCUUCUACUGUUACACAGGCUGUUGAGGUAGCUCAGUUGGUAAACCUCCCAGGGCAAUUCAUCAAGCAGCUCAGAACUAUGAGUUUUGGGUUGCCAGUGUAAUUUUUUCCCCUAGUGUUGAUUACACAUUGGAUGUAAAAUAAUAAAGGCUCUUUCCUCCCAGAUGAAAGAUCCAAGCCACGGACUUAAGGAUGUAUUCCCGACCCUCUGGUGUUAAAACCACCAUCCUGCCCCCCUCAUGCCUCCAUAAAUAUAGCAAAAUCUUACCGUAUUCAAGCCUCAAGCUGUAAGUUUGCAUGCUGUCUGCCUCAGAAAAACAAGCUUUAUGCUGACAUCAUUAGAAGUGGUGGCCUGAUCCAAUCACAGCGCUUCUUUAUAGAAUUGGCUGAGACUGACAAAGAGGCAGAUCAGGGGCAGAGCCAGCACAAACACAACACUAGAGCCAGCACAAACACAGCCCUAGCCAAUCAGAAUCUCCUCAUAGAGAUGAAUUGAAUCAAUGAAUCUCUAUGAGGAAAGUUCAGUGUCUGCAUGCAGAGGUGGAAGACACUGAAUGUUUGGAUGCAUUUUAGGCAGCUACCUGAGGAGUGGCCAGUGAAGUCAUCACUAGGCUGUAAUGUAAACACUGCAUUUUCUCUGAAAAGACAGUGUUUCAGCAAAAAGUCUGAAGGUAAUGUUUCUACUCACCAGAACAAAUUCAAUAAGCUGUAGCUGUUCUGGUGACUAUAGUGUCCCUUUAAUGACAAUAGAUGAGAGGAAGGAUUUCUGGCGCUUGUUUUGUAUAAAAAUGGCAGCUGAUACUUCCCAAACCAGAGUCUCUUCUUUCUGGCCGUAGGCAUUGCCUCUGAAGUGGUGGUAACCAAAUGUAACCAAAUGUCAGGAUUUUAACACGGAAUGCUGUCCUCACUGAGGUAAAAAAACCAAAAAUAAAAUAAAGUCCAAGGCAAAUAAUCCAGAAAGGGAUAGACAAAGGCAAGGUGAAGAAAGUCCAAAGGUCAAGAAUCCAGGAGGCAAUGUUCAGGAGUGGUGAGACAAGCCAAGGGCCAGGUAUCCAGGUAAAUAACAAAAUGUAGCCAAUUAUUCACUGAAACAGCACAAAACAACUGAGCAAUGAUAGUUCAACAGUUCUGUGUUUAAAUAGGGUGUCUAUCAGAGGCCGCGCUCAAGUUGAUACACCUCUGCACUGCCUUUUUAUUGUGGAGGUCUGUAGUCGCAUCCACUGGGCUUUCCUGCGGCUUGCCUUGAGCGUGCACGUCUCCCUGGUGUUUUGUGUUGCCCAGGAGACGUGAUGGAUGUCAGGUCGGAGAUCGCGGCCCUCUCCUUGUAAUCACACUUACUCAAUGCUCACGCCUGGACAGCCGCAGCUCUGCAAUAUUGGUGGAGCAGCAAGGGAGCUAAGGUAAGUUAUAAUAAGUUUAGAAUCUCAUGCAUCUAAAAAAAAGUGUUAAUUUUACUGUGCUGAGCAAUCCAAUAAAACAUUUAAAUAGAAUUAAGUCCCUUUAAGCCACAGACAAAAUAAUAACGUAUAUUUAAUUUUCUUCUACAGGUGAAUUGUAAUCUCAUGUGUCCAUCUGAUGACAAAAAGUCACAAAGUGACUGCACCCAUGCCAGCAUGGAGGAAAAGGGAAGCCCUUUGGAAAGAGUACUCCCUGCAACUGGCACCUCAACACACACCCUCCUCCCGGACCCUCCAGAUUCUCCCCCAGAAACCCCUACAGAUGAAAAGCGGGCACCUGUGGGAACACCGCACCCACUCGCCCAUGUACCUGUCAUUAGUCUGGGUCACAGCAGAGUGGCUUUGCGACCAGAACUCACAGCCCUGCACCCUGUACCCUCCCUGAUGCUAGCACUUCCUGGGAUACGUGGGCCAUUAUUUCCCCCACAGUACCAUGCUCAUCCUUUCCUUCCAAGGUAAGCUUGGCACAUAUGUAUAAACAAAAAUUGUGAAGUUAGAACUGACAUAUAAAUAGAGUGACGGCACCAGGUAUAAUGCUGUCUGUACCACAACGAAUAGCACAGGGUAAAAUAGACUAUGCUAUAGGAAUCACUGCAAUCUUGUCAUGGCUUUGAUUCAAAAUGUAGCUGAGGAGUCGAGUUGAUGCUGAAUUAAUAAGGACUUACGACUAAUGUAGAAAAGGGAGUUGAGUUCUCCCAGCUAAGUCGCAGGAUUUUGGGUGAGGAUCUUAGAAGUUAGACAUAAUACUUCCAAGUGACCAGUUUAUUAAUAGCUAAGGACAACGUAAGCAAAAGUCAUGCUUCACUCAGUUACAGCUAGUUAGCGUUAGGUUUAGCAAAGAUUAUAUCUACAAGUAAGGCUUAAGGAAGAUCAGAAAUAGCCUCAAAAUGUGAUGGAAUGUUGGCGUAGUGGUGGGCUUAACAGGAUAUGGCCAUAUGGUGGAACUGAAUCCCCAUAUUUGUGUUCUGAGAUAGGCCUUAAGUAGACUUGUAAAAUUAGUAUUUUUGUGUCAGUUCACCCCACCCACCUUGAUAUCACUCCCCCUCCAGUGAGAGGGAAUGAGAUUACUGGAGAAGGAUUGGGCUCACUUAAUUACACAUAAUAUUAAUAAUAAUUAUAACUAAAUAAAUUAAAAAAAACAAAACAUGCAAGCUUGUUAUAUUUCCCUAAUCAUGCUUCAUUUUGCAGCCCAUACUUGCGCACAUCAGGCCUGAUUCCUAUUUAUUCUGGACGUUUUAAAAGAAGAAGCCUCCCAGAUAUCAUGGAGACACCAUUCAUAGGUAUGUGAACACACAUCUUCCACAUGUCUCCCAUUAUUAUUGAUCAUAAACAGGUCCCCAACAUGUCAGCCAAUAGACAGCUGAAUCUCCAGAAUGAAUUAUAACAGACCGAAUCAACCAGAAUUAUUGAUAACAGACACGGAACCACUAGAAUUAGUAAUAACAAACACUGAACCCCUAGAAUUAGUAAUAGCAGACACUGAUUUCCGAGAAUUAGUAAUAAUAGACACUGAACCCCCAGAAUUAGUGAUAACAGGCAACAAACCCCCCAAAUUAGUGAUAACAGACACUGAAGCCUCCAGAGUUAGUAAUACCAGACACUGAAUCCCCAGAAUUAGUAAUACCAGACAUUGAACCCCCAGAAUUAGUAAUACCAGACACUGAACCCCCAGAAUUAGUGAUAACAGAACCCCCAGAAAUACCCCCAGCCAGUAAUGUCUAAACCAUUGGCAACAAAAGUGUACUCCCUUUUGUUGCCAAUGGUUUAGUCAUUACUGGCUGUUAUUUUGAAGGGACAGCAAAUUUACACUGUUAUACAGGCUGUACACUCACUACUUUACAUUGUAGCAGAGUGUAAUUUCUUCAGUGUUGUCACAUGAAAAGAUAUAAUAAAAUAUUAUAAUGUGAGGGGUGUACUCACUUUUGCAAGAUACUGUGUGUGUGUGUGUGUGUGUGUGUGUGUUUAUUAGUAUUCGUAGACAAGAUGCCAUAAUGCCAGAAUAUUGCAGUUUGCAAUGAUACCUUUUUUUUAGUGAACUAACAUACAUAAUAUUUAAAAACAGGCUUUUUAAGAGUUUUCCUUUCUUCCUCAUGUCUAAAAAGCUUGUUUUUGAAUUAUUAUGUUAGUCCAAUAAAAAAAGGUAUCAUUGCAUACUGCAAUACUCUGGUAUUUUGGCAUCUUGUCUACUGGACUAAUACGGCUAAUCCAAUCUACUAUAUAUAUACACAGAACAAAUUAUAAACGCAACACUUUUGUUUUUGCUCCCAUUUUUCACAAGCUGAACUCAAAGAUCGAAGACUUUUUCUAUGUACACAAAAGGCCUAUAUAUAUAUAUAUAUAUAUAUAUAUAUAUAUAUAUAUAUAUAUAUAUAUAUAUAUAUAUAUAUAUAUAUAUAUAUAUAUAUAUAUAUAUAUAAAAUGUGUGUGUGUGUGUGUGUGUGUGUGUGUGUGUGUGUGUAUGUAUAUAUAUAUAUAUAUAUAUAUGUGUGUAUGUGUGUGUGUGUAUAUAUAUAUAUCUCACUUAUUGAGCCGAGAUAAGACUGGGGAACAUGGGUAAACCAUGAACUGAAGGGUGCUGUUGUUUAUUAUUUAGUCCCUGAAAUAUACUGUCUGGAGCAGUUUAGAUAGGUGAAGAUGUGCCGAGACUUAGCGGUGUCAGUAGAUCCCUGUAUAUUACUUGAAAGCUGUUUAUGUACGUCUGUGGUUAUGUAUUGGCCUAUGGUGACAUGCCAUAGAUGUGACAAUGUGAUAAUCUAAGGUAGCAGGCUGUGUGUCAUGGCGGUUGAAUAAAGGAAGAUGUGGUCUGGUGGGUUUGCAGAUUCUGUUAUCUAUCAAUCUUGUUUUCAGCGGGGAAUCCUGUGAAGUAUGAAACAUGAAAGUGAAACAAUAGAUAGAGGAACGACCGUGGAGGUUAUACAGGCACAGAGAAGAGACAACAAGCAGCAUGUUGAACUAAGAAGCUUAUGUAGACAAUGCGAGAGGAACAGCACAAACACAGAAUAGAAAUGCAACAGAUAUAAUUCACUGUUUAGAGGAAAAAGUAGAAAGGGUUAAAGACAAACAAAGAGAGAAGAACUAACUUAGAUUUCUUGAAAGUUAAAAAGGCUAUUGUGAAAGCAAAACUAUGUGAUAAAAAGCAUUGUUCGUCACAUAAUUAGAGAGUCUGACUGCUAGAAGUGAUAGUAAAUGGCAUAACAUUCAGGCAGAAGUGGCCUUCAGCAGGUCUUUCAAUGACAGGUGACAUUGAAUCUUAGAAACGUGAUAGAGAUGUGAUAUUGACAAAUGUCUCUGCUGCAAACUGAAUGAAAAUGUAUCUAGAAACAGAGCAGACAAUAGAGAGAUAACCCGCUGGUCCAAAAGGAACAAGUGUAGAUCACCAGAAAAUGUCCUGGCCUGGGCUUCAACCCACAAAUGGAAUCUUAAGCUAGGAAAGUUCUGAAAAGUAAGAACUUAUCUGUGUGGGGAAUCACAUUUCCUAAGUUAAUUAUCUUAAUUUUUAUUUAUUUUUUUGUGCACAGAUUUACAAGACCGCAUACAAUGCCACAACAGCAUACGUAGUCACAAUAUUAUCACAGGCUUUCACAUAUGUGGUGUUGAGAUAGUGGCACAUUUUUUAAGCUUUAAAUAUAGUAAAGGUUUGUAGAUUGCUACAGAAGCUGGCCAUGCUGGGGGAGAUUAAUAUAACAUGCUCACAGAGUAAAUGUGAUUUGCACCAAAUAUGCAAAAAACCCUCUGUGGCUAAAAAAGGCAAAAUAUAAAUAUUAUAUAAAUACCCAGCAAUAAGAAGUGUGAAGACUCCUCUAAUGUCUUCAAUAUAUUAAACAUAAAACCAUAAAAAGCACGACCUAAAAAUACAAAGGGAGACCAAUAGUGCAGACAAAAAAAAAGAACUAAAUACUAUAAAAAGGGAAACUAUAAAACACUCACAAACAUAGAAGUAAAAAGGCAGGGUAUAAUCAGUCUUCUUCAAGUGCUUCUUCUUUUUCUUGUGUAUAAAGAUGAAUACUUAGAACAAAGCACAGAAAAAAAACAUAGUGUAUAGCUGUAUGGUAUUCGAAAAAUUGCUUUAUUAUAUGCACUUACAAAAUAAAAGAAGUAAAAGGGCUCAUCAAUUCAAAUCACAUCCGCUGUCUGCCAUCCAGAACAAGUUAAACGCCAAAAGAAGGAGACAAAAUGAAUGAAAAAGAGUCCAAAAUAAAAGAAUUUACAAGUCAUGAAAUAAAGCUUGCCACCCUACGCGUUUCGUCUAGAAGACUUUGUCAGGGGCUCGUGGCAACAAUACACAAUACACAUACAAUUACAUUUAAAUACCCUGCCAUGAAAAAACCUUUAACCAAUCACAAAACAAAACUUCUAAUUAAGUCCACCUUAAAGUAAUCUCUUCUAUCUCAUUCCGUUCCCUUUUCGCGCUUCUUGAAAGCGCUUGCGUCCCAAGCCUCACUUUCAGUAGUGCCGGAAAAGACCACCGGUCCGCAUUCGGAGCGCUUGAGUUACGUCAUUUCCGGGCGCCACCGGAAGUUGUCACAGGUCCGGAAAGAAAAAUCACUCUCUUUGGAACGCAAAUCCCUUUGUAUUUUUAGGUCGUGGUUUUUAUGGUUUUAUGCUCACAGAGUAUUUUAACUAAAGACAGCGUUGCUUAACUGAGGGCAUAUGCAGUUAUGAAAAAAGUUUGACUGUUGCAGGAAAAAAAAUUCAACCCUGGCUGGGAAUUGAAACCGGCCCAUGGUAGUGAGAGUGGCAAAUCCUAACCAUUAGACCACAAGGGAACUGCAAAAGUACUGGAAACUGUGAGAAUACAAUUGGGUGGUAUUUAGGAGGUCAUAGUUUCCACAGAACAGUGCAUUUCACACACUUGUAUUUCACAGCACAGAAAAUGUCAGCAGGGCCCAUUCUGCCACAGUUUUACUCACUUUGCAGUGAUUAGACCGCAGCAAGAUCGCUUAUUCUAAAGGCUACAACAAAGCAAAUGUGAAAAUAUAGUGCAAGGAAAGAUUCAAUCAACUGUUAUCUAACAAUCUUGUUAUCUGCAUGUGUUGUGCAUAGCUCUGGAGUAACUUUAAAUCUAUUUAUAUGUUGCACUUUGUAUGUAUUUAACAGGUAGAAAUGAGUACUGCUCUUGCAGGCUUCGUUGUGUGUUAGUCAUCAGAUCUCAAGUCACCACUGAAGUACCUUUGAUAGCUAGAGCCAGAUAUCUUGAUGAAGAUUUUGAAAAACAAGUAGUCUUUUGCAGUGUUUUGGAGGUUUCACGGAGAGGUUAUUGUGAUGAUUGAGGUUUCAUGGGAGGUUAUACUGGAUAAUGGAUGUUUCAUGGAGAGUCGAUACUAAAUGACUGAGGUUUCAUGGAGAAGUAAUGGUGGGCAAGUGAGAUUUUUUUGAAAGGGAAGGGGGAUGAUUGUGGUUUCAUGGAGAGUUCAUCCUGAUAAAUGAGGUUUAUUGGAGCAUUAAUGGUGGAUGAUUGAGGUUUGAUGGAGAGUUGAUUUUGGAUGAUUGCGGUUUCAUGAUAGGUAAUGGUUGAUAAAUGAGGUUUUAUUGAGAGUUGUUGGAGGAUGACUGAGGUUUCAUAGAGAGGUAAUGCUAGAUGAUUGAGGUUUCAUGGAGAGGCGAUACUGGAUGAUUGAGGUUUCAUGGAGAAGUGAUGGCAGAUGACUGGCGUUUCAUAGAGAGGUGAUACUAGAUGAUUGAGGUUUUAUGGAGAGGAGAUACUGGAUACUUGGUGUUUCAUGAAGUGGUGAUACUGGGUGACUGAUUUUUCAUGGAGAGUUGAUACUGUAUGAUUGAGGUUUCAUGGCGAGUUGAUACUGGAUGACUGAGGUUUCAUGGAGAGGUAAUGGUGGAUGAUUGAGGUUUUAUGGAGAGUUCAUGGUGGAUGACUGAGGUUUUAUGGAGAGGGGAUACUAGAUGCUUAAGGUAUCAUGGAGGUGAGAUACUUAUUGAUUAAGGUUUUAUGAAGAGGUGAUACUGGGUGACUGAGAUUUCAUGGAGAGGUGAUACCUCAGCCAAGCACGCUUCUUAGCUUUAACUGGGACACCCGUAGCGCUUCAGCCCCCAGUCGCCGCAGCUUGACUGGGGUCUAUCUUGAGUUUCCCACCCUGGAACAGGUCCUGUGCUACAGCUCAAAGUGAUCAAGCUCUCCUGCAGAAUGUAUAGCUGUCAGGUCCCCUGCCCGUUCGCUGAUCUCGGCGGCUUCUGGUACUGCGGAUUGCGCAGACAUUCUCUCUGCCACGUGCAGCAUGCUUAAAUAUGCACCCGAGUCAGCCACCCAAUGAGGCGCAUAAUGAUGACCUCAAGGGUAAAAGAGGAAGGGUCAAAUACCUUCCACGUGUUACAAAAGGAAAUUAACCAAUCAGAAAUUAAUCAUACCUAUUUAAGCUUGCCGAUGUCAUCCCUUGUUGCCCUGUUGUGGUAUUUGAUAACCCAAUAGCAUGUUUUCUCUGUCUGAUUGUUGGUUACCAAAUUUUGGCUUUGUCUCUCGUUUAUCCUGCUUUCUCUGAUCCUUGACCUCGGUCUGUCCUACUGUUAUUCCGUAUCUCUGUACUCCAUUGACUUCGGCUUGUACUCUUACUUCCCUCUAUUUGCAUAGCCCGGCCACUCUAAAGACUGGUAUUGCAAUUCCUCCCCCUGUGAUCUGUCAGUGUGUUUGGUUCCGGAACCGUGACAAUAGCUGAGACUUAGUGAAGGGUGAAUAAGAAGUGGGUUUAUUGAGCAAAAGCACACAGAUUUAUAUCCAGAACCCCAGCAUGGGGUCUCCAUUCAUUGUAACAUAAGCCUGCCCAAGUGCCUGUGUCUGGGAGAUAAUUGUUUAAACUAUCAGUUAAACUAAUUAUCUAAUGAUUAUAAUAUAAGUGAGCAUCCCCAUAUGUUAUAUAUCCCCGAAUAGCUCGUGCCCGAGCCCCCAAUCUGUCCAAAUAGCACAUUGAUCGGAGAUGGCUGGCUCGAUUUGGAUGAAAGUCAAAGUUUUAGUGGGAAGUGGCUGCUCUCCGAUCCAGUGCAGAGUUUCAUGGUGCUAGGGUGAAUGUCCUGGUCACCCAAAACAGCAGCGCUUUCCCCAACAUUAACACUGUUGAGUAAAAUGUUGGAUAAUCAUUACAUUUACUUUUUGAUUGAACAAAGAUGAAUUUAGACACCAUACAUAAUAAAGGUUACAGACAUCUGGAGAACUCUUACUGACUGCUAAAGGUUUCUCGAUAAUUUAUAACAAGAAAUAUAGUUCCAUGGAUUAGUUCUUAUGAAUAUUUAAGUUAUCAGCAUACAUUUUAAAAUGUAUUAAAGAAUCCAUUUAAGUUAUAUUGGGGUAUAUGAGAUGUUCAUUUAACAAAAGAAUCUCUGGGGACUUUAAAAAAAAAAAAGAUAAGUGAUUAUUUGCUAUUUUUCAGUUGAAGUAACACUGUACUCCAUUAUUUUAGUGCGUCAGCCCCAGAAAGUUGCUCGUCGUGUCUUCACAAACAGCCGAGAACGAUGGCGACAACAGAAUGUAAAUGGAGCAUUUGCUGAAUUGCGGAAACUCAUCCCCACACAUCCCCCAGAUAAGAAGCUGAGUAAGAAUGAAAUCUUACGCCUAGCCAUGAGAUACAUAACCUUCUUAGUAACACUGCUCAGUGACCAACACGGCACUAACCCUAAGCCAUCACCUACUACAAAGAGACUCUCAUCUCCUGUACGGGAACUGACCUCAAAGGUCAAGGAGAACCCCAACCCCAGACUUCAUGGAGUAAAGGAGGAAGAGAAAAGCAGGGGUUAUGGUGGUAUGGUGGUGGUGUCUCCAAUAUCUGGAAGCUGUGGGGAGAGUCUGGAGAGUGAAGAGGAAGAUGUGGAGAGUAAUAGUGUUUCACCUCCUAAUGGCGCUCAACGAAUACUGAUAAGAUCAGAAGCAGAUGGGAGUCGGUGAGGCUUGGGGUAAGGGGGAGAAUGAGAUUAAACUGAAAGUUACCUUCUCAUUCCUCUCUCUUCAAGUUGGGCAAAUCUUUCUUAUUAAUGCACUAAAUUGUCCCAAAUACAACAAGAAGAGAGCAUCUUGUGUAUAUAUACAUACUUCAAAUAUCAAUCCAGAGACUUUACCAAACACCCUAUUUGGGAAACCAAAAUAGAAUACUAUAUGCCCAUACUAGCUUUCUAAUGAAACAAACAUCUCAAGAAAUGUCCAUCAGUACAAAGCUGGUUUGAUAUACGAGUCUAUUUGUUGACAUGCCCAUUUUCCUUUUCAAAAAGUAGACAAUUGGGUAUAGUUGCUAGAGCAUCCUCUUCUACUGGAUUUCUGGAAUACAAGAAUGCACUGAACUUUGCGGAAUAAGCUUCCCCUAAUGCAAUUUUUACUGCAGCAAUGAACUGAAAUGUUUUACUUCUGACACUGGAGUGUGUGGACAACAUGUGAAACUUGUAACACUGGUUUCCUUAUGUGCUACUGCCCCCCUCUACCCAAAUACUAUUGUAUCGUGAAAUAAGGUUGAAUUACAACUGCUUCUAUGGAAUGCUAUGCUGGGAUUAUCAUAUUAACACUGGAAGCUACAUAGAUACAUUUCAUGGAAUACUCAGCAGCAUUUGUGUAUUUAAUAUAUAGCUGCAUUGGACUACACUGGAGUAUAUUGCACUGCAUGACAAUCAAUGUAGCCCUGGAACAAUAGAAGAAACAAGUUAACACCCAGAAUGCAAUGCUAGACUGUACUGCACUAUGCACAUGAGAAUUCUAAAACUCCAUCUUAAUUACUGGGUUCUAGAAAGUGAAUUUUAGAACUGCAAAGCACUGAAUGCAUUGUUAAAAAAAUGAAUGAACAAUAAAGUCUAUAGAUACACUGAUAGUCAAUGGAACUGCAUUAUCUAUAUUUUCCAUAAUACUUUGUGUUUAUUGGUUGUGUAUUGGGGAAAAGAGAUACCAAGACAAAUUAUGUUUUAAGCACUCUAAUGAGGCUUGGUGGGAUGCACCUUGAAGGCUCUGUAAGAAGAAUUGGUUAGAGCAACGAGCAGGAACAUUUCAAUGGUUUCCAUGGUAAUUAACGUUUG